AUGACAGUUCCGGAUUCUGGUUCCAAAACGGCAGAAGACGUCGAAAAGACCGAUCGCAUUAUAUGCAGUUCUGCGGCUCCCGUGGCGGAAGACGACGAUGGCAUCCCCGACCCCGGGGCUGAGAGACGGCUGCUCCUCAAAUGCGACCUCCGGCUGAUCCCGAUCCUCGGGACGCUGUACCUCGUCUCCUUCCUGGACCGCUCCAACAUCGCCAACGCUCGGCUCUUCGGCCUCGAGAAGGACCUGGCGAUGCCGUCGACCGGCUUCAACAACUGCCUGUGGAUCUUCUACGUGCCCUUCAUCCUGGUGGAGGUCCCCAGCAACCUGUUCAUGAGCCUGAACAAGAUCAAGCCGAACCAGUAUCUCGCCGGUGCCAUGUUCAUCCUAGGCGUGGUGUCCAUGUGUCAGGGACUGGUCGGGAGCUACGGCGGGCUCCUUGCAUGUCGAUUCAUCAUGGGCAUCAUGGAAGCCGCGUUGCCCCCAGGUGCGGCUCUAUUAAUCGGCCAGUAUUACAAGAGACACGAGUACUAUCUUCGCUUCUCCUACUUCUUCUCCUUUGCGCUGCUUGGCAGCGCCUUUAGCGGUCUCCUCGCAUACGCCAUCGAGCACAUGAAUGGGCUGCAAAACUACGCGGCCUGGCGCUGGGUCUUCAUCCUCGAGGGCCUCCUGACCAUCUCCUUCGCCCUCGUCGCGUGGCUUGUCAUCCCCGGCUUCCCUUCCGACGCCACCUUCCUCGCCGCCCCCGAGCGCGCUCUCCUCCUCUCACGCCUCCGCCUUGACCGCAGCAACUCCGAAGACACCAAACUCAGCAGCGCCGGCCGGGCCCUCCUGGACUGGAAGGUCUGGGCCUUCACGCUGCUCUUCUUCUGCGCCGACAUGGGCGCCGCCUCCGUCUCCGCCUUCACGCCCACCAUCCUCCACGAGCUCGGGUGGACCGCCUCGCGCGCGCAGGUCAUGAGCAUCCCCGUGUGGAUGUUCAGCAUCGCCGGCACGCUCGCCGCCUCGUACGCCUCCGGGCGGCUCCCCGCGCGCUGGCCGCUCGUCCUCUUGGGCGCCGCGCUCGCGCUGGUCGGCUGGUGUCUGCAGUACGCCCAGGUGCGGCCGGCGGCGGUGCGCUACUUCGCGCUGUACCUGGUGGCGCUGGGCUCGGUGAUGCAGUUCCCGCUGCUGCUGGGGUGGCUGAGCGGCAACGUGCGCGGGCGCGCGCGGCAGGCGGUGGCGGGCGCGGUGCAGCUGGGCGUGGGAAACUGCGCCAACUUCGUGGCCAGCAACGUCUUCAUCACGCGGGAGAGGCCCAGGUACCCGACGGGAUUCGCGACGGGCGUGGGAAUCGCGACCCUGGGCAUCGUGACUCUGGUUCUGGUGACGGUGGUGCUGGCUUGGGAAAAUGGGCGGUUGCAACGACGGCAACACGAUGCAGAGGACGACGGGGGAGCUCAAGACAAAUAUCGUUAUCUGCUGUAA